UCAAAUCGAAAAGCUAGAUCCCACAGCACUUACGAAUCCAACGGUUAGAAAGCCCUACAGAUUUUGGCCGUUUUCUUACUUUUUAGAAUCCGGACGAUUUUCUUGCUCUUUUUUCACUCUCCCUCUCUCUAUUCAUCGUCUUACUCGAGUUAUUGUUCUUGUUCCGACCCUAAUUCCCUUAAAACCCUAGCUUUAUCCGACUCCGUUGAAAUCAAUGGGACCUAAACGAUCAACUCCCUUGGAAGAUCCACCGGCGGCUUCGUCUUCUCAAGAAGAGGAAAGCUCCAGUGGGGAGGAAGAAGAUGGAGAAGAGGAAGAGGGAUCUUCAUCUGAAGAAGAACAAACUCAGGGGAACCCACGAAAUCCAUCUUCUAAACCACCGCCACAGACUCAAACUGUUAAAUCAGUCUCCAAGAAGCCUGAUUCCACCACUAAGCAAGCUGGGUCCGAGUCUGACUCUGAUGAGUCUGACUCUGAAUCCGACUCCGAUGAUGAUCGACCUAAUCAUUCCCGUGAUGCCACUGUCAAGCCCAUCGCUUCUAAGCCCAUGGAGGAGACUCCUCCCAAAACCACGAAGCCUAGAUCCAAACCCUCGGCAUCCUCUCCAGCUACUAUGAAAUCUGCGGCAGCUGUGAAGAGGGCCAGUGAAACAGAUCGCGACCCGAAAGACUCAAAGCGAGGCAAGAAUAAAGAUUCGGAAUCCGAUGGAGUUGUUGAAAAGUCUGAGGAUACAAAGAAACAGCUGUUCCAACGGCUUUGGAGCGAGGAUGACGAGAUCGCUGUGUUAAAAGGCAUCAUGGAUUUCACGGAAAAGAAAGGAGUUGACCCUGCAAAGGAUAUGGCCUCGUUUUAUGAUUUCAUUAAGAAAUCGCUUCACUUUGAUGUCUCUUUAAACCAGUUAAAGGAUAAGGUUUGGAGGUUAAAGAAGAAGUUUGAGAACCAUGUGAGCAAAGGGAAAAAGGGUGAAGAUAAGACAUUUUCGAAAGCUCAUGACCAGAAAUCCUUCGAUUUGUCAAAAAAGAUAUGGGGUAGUGAAGCAACUAGCGGGGGAGGAGUGGAUUUGGGUGUUAAGUCGAAUGGCAAAGCAAAGAAAAGUGCCAUUAAUAGUCUGAGAGGUAAGAGUUUGGCUACAUUGAAGGCAGAACUAGGUGUGGAUGUGGAGAAGGAGACUGAGAAGGUUGAUAAGAUGGAGGUUGAGUUGGAUGGCCAUUCUGGUCUGAAACAGAUUGUACAGUUUGAUAAGAGCGUGAGUGUAGGAGGAAUGCAGGAGUAUGUGGUAAAGAGGGGACUGGAUAUGUUGGAGGGUGCUAAAAAGGCUGAGAUGGAAGAGAAAUGGAGGGAGUUGCAUGUUGCUGAGUUGGAGCUGUUUCUGAAGAGGAAUGAGUUGAUAAGGGAGCAGGCAAAGCUGAUGUUGGCGGCAUAUAAAACUGAGUAGGAUUAGGCUUUGUGAAGGUAUAAAUUGUGGCUUUCUUGGUCGGGUUUAUAUCAUAGUAGCUAGGUUUUUGCUAGGUUAUUAUUUAUUUCUGUUUUUAUGAUUUGGUGACUCUGAAACUUUUAAUAUCAGCUGAUUCUACAUCUUCAGCAAUCUUAUGCUGGAGAGUAUUUUCUAUUGCAA